AAUUUUCAUCUAGGGAAGAGCUGUAGUUGGCAAUUCUUUUUUUGGAUGCUUUGGGAUUGUGAUAGGCACGAGCCGUCUUGUUUUAGAAAUUUGUGCAGAGUCCUAAGUAGAAAUCACUAUAAAUAUGGUGGGUUAAGUAAUUAUUAUUGAGUGGGUUGAACUGUUAGAAAUUAUAGGACUCGAGAGCAAGAAACAUUUGUCGAGAGUACCAAAAGAGUGGUAGAUUUUUUAGAUUAUCUGUUGUGAGCUCUGUGUUUCUGUUAUCUCAUCCAUAAAUAAAGGAGUUCAAUAGUUUCGAACGAUAACUUCCACAGGCACAAACAAUUAUCAUGGCGUCGACUGAAGGAUGUGGUGGAGAAAACCAACCAAAAUUUAACAAGUAUGCAGUUGCUUGUGCUAUAGUUGCUUCAAUGAUAUCCAUCAUAUUUGGUUAUGACACUGGUGUAAUGAGUGGAGCCAUGAUAUUCAUAAAAGACGACCUGAAAAUCCAUGAUACUCAAGUGGAAAUCCUUGCCGGAAUCUUGAAUAUAUGUGCCCUCGUGGGUUCUCUCCUUGCCGGAAGAACUUCCGAUUACAUCGGAAGGCGAUACACAAUUGCUGUAGCCUGUGCUAUUUUCAUGAUAGGCUCAAUUCUAAUGGGUUACGGUCCAAAUUAUGCAGUCCUAAUGGCUGGAAGAUGCACCGCUGGAGUCGGUGUAGGCUUUGCUCUUAUGAUUGCUCCUGUUUACUCUGCAGAGGUUUCAUCACCAUCAUCAAGAGGUUUCUUGACCUCCCUGCCUGAGCUUGGUAUAAGUAUUGGAAUCUUACUCGGAUAUAUUUCAAACGUAACUUUCGGGAAGUUAACUCUGAAAAUUGGCUGGAGAUUGAUGCUUGGACUUGCAGCCGUACCUUCAGUUAUUUUAGGCAUUGGCAUCGCACGUAUGCCAGAGUCUCCAAGGUGGCUAGUCAUGCAAGGACGUUUAGGGGAAGCCAAGAAAAUCCUGCUCUUAGUAUCCAACUCAAAGGAAGAAGCAGAAGCUCGUUUCCGCGACAUAAAAGUUGCAGCAGGAAUAGAUGUGAAUUGCAAAGAUGAUCAUAUCAAGCUUCCAAAGGAAACUCAUGGAGAAGGUGUCUGGAAAGAGCUGUUGUUAAGGCCAACACCAGCAGUCCGAUGGAUACUAAUCGCUGCCAUUGGAAUCCAUUUCUUCGAGCACGCAGUUGGGAUCGAAGCAGUUGUGCUAUAUUCUCCAAGAAUCUUCAAAAAAGCUGGUAUCACAGGGAAGGAAAAACUCUUGCUUGCAACAGUUGGGGUAGGGCUGACAAAGUUUACAUUUAUAUUCAUAUCCACAUUUUUAAUCGACAGAGUUGGGAGAAGACGCCUAUUGCUCACAAGCACAACAGGAAUCAUAGCAUCGCUAACAGUAUUAGGAUCUUGCUUGACAAUAGUAGAGUACCACAAUGGAGGGAAACUGCUGUGGGCUCUAAGCAUGAGUAUCAUUUCUACGUAUGUGUUUGUAGCUUUCUUCAACAUUGGUCUCGCACCUGUGACAUGGGUCUACAGCUCAGAGAUAUUCCCUUUGAAGUUGAGAGCACAAGGGUAUAGCAUUGGCGUAGCUGUUAACAGGCUUAUGAAUGCUAUAAUCUCUAUGAGUUUUAUUUCACUGUAUAAAGCAAUUACCAUAGGUGGAGCCUUCUUCUUGUUUGGUGGGGUAGCUGUGAUUGGGUGGCUUUUCUUCUAUUUUCUUUUCCCAGAGACCAAGGGAAGGUCCUUGGAAGAGAUGGAGUCGUUGUUUAGCAAGGGUGUUUGGGCUAAAAAUGAGAGUGUGGAAAUCCAGCCCAGAAAUAACAGCGUGUAGUAAAUGCUAGAUGUGGCAAUAUGCAUCAUUAUUAGACAUAGACUAUGAUUUUGCAAAGAACUGUACUGUUGUAAUAGGAGAAUUUGGCAGUGGAUUAUCUAAUUUGCUUGUGUUGCUCUGGAGUUUAAUGAAAUU